UCCGCGCCGAGCUGUCACGCCUUGCCGCUGCUCCAGGGUCUACCCCGGUGCCGCGCUGCCUUGUAAGCCGAGUUGAGUCGCUUCCCCUCCGGCGUCGCGGACUCGGGUGUCCCGCUGUGCCCCCCCCCCGCGGUGCUCACCGUGUACCCAAAACUUGCAGGCUCCCUCCUCACUAGAAUAGUUUAAAGCCGCAACUUAUUUCGCACUAAACUGGAUAACAAAAUCGACCACAGGGAUUUUUAAAACUUUUUUUUUGUUGGGGUGGGGGGGCGGGGGGAACCAAGAAGCCACCGGGAACCAUGAGUGGACGCGGGGACGAAGCCGGCGAGGGCUCCCAGGAGCCCGCAGGCGCCGCGGAGCCCCAAAAGAGGGGACCGGGAAGACCCAGGAAACUCCAAAAAGAGCCCAGCGGAGAGCCCGUCCCCAAGCGACCAAGGGGCCGCCCAAAAGGAAGCAAGAACAAGGGCCCCUCCAAGGCAGCGCAAAAGAAAUCCGAGGCAACCGGGGAGAAAAGACGCAGGGGGCGACCCAGGAAGUGGCCACAGCAAGUCGUCCAGAAAAAACCUGCUCAGGAAGAAAAAGAGGAGGAAGAGGAGGAGGAGGAAGAGGAAGAAGAGACUGCGGAGUCCCCGGAGGAAGAUUAAGCUUCCAUACCAUGAAACCUCUACCUCAUUCAGCUGUCAGGUCUUUCAAAGGGAAAAGGCUACCUUGACCACUUUUUUUUUUUUUAACCUUUUCCACAUGUCAUUUUUUUUUUUGGGUUGUUUUUCAGUCCAUGUCCAGUAUUUCACUUUGUCACUGGAUGCUGGAUGACCUGUCGCUAAGCAGGCCAUCGACGUUUCUCUUCCGAUUUUUUCCCCUACAAAACGCAAGACACACCUUCGGCGCCGUCGGAGGCGCGGCCGCUUUUCGCAGUCUCCGAAACGCAGAAGGGUCAGGUCUUCUUUUCCAAAUUAUACAGACGCACAACCGACCCAAAAUGAUGUAUGGCCGCCGAGCACAGGGAGACGCGUGUUCCUCAGGGCAGCUUUUAUUUUUGCUCAAUCAAUCAUGUUGACCUCAAGCCAAGCUUGCGAAAAGUUGUAAACUUCGCUCAGGUUUCGAAAAAAAUAAAUAAAUAAAUAAACAUCUUUAUAUAUACGCUGGAGUGAAAAAGUGAACGAGCGAAAGUGAAAUCCCACAAAUAAUCGACGCCCAUUUCGUUUGUUCCGAAUCGGACGCAAUCAGUGGAUUUCUGAUCGGGAAUGUUGAACAAAUACAACAUUUACGAUCACCAAUCACGAUCAUCUUUUUUUUUUUUCAAUUCAACAUAAAAUGUUAUUAUGGGAUAGCAUGUGGGUUUUUCUUCUGCUAAUUUUAAUCCCCAAAGUAAAAUCAGAUUUUUUUAAAGAUAUUUUAAAAAACAAUAUUUCCUCACUUUCGGACGGAAUCGGCGCAUCUUUGAAAGGAUUAUAUUUCAGGAAAAUGAAAUAAAGUGGUUUUGAGUCAUUCAACAUUGUAUCGUGAUCAAGGAAGUAGAUUUGACACGAAACCUGAAAUGACCAAAUUUGGGCAUCGUCUUCCGCCUGACGCCGUUGCUAGUUUAUCCUGAUUUAUUCGUCUCAAAUAAUGGGCUAAAAAAAUUAACCCAGUAAUUUUCAACUCUGUCAUUCUCCAGAUUCCAAUGCCUAAAACAGCCCCCCCACUCCAAAGUUUUAAUUUUGAUUGACUUGAGGUCAGACAGUACCUUGUUUUCAUUCAUCGCCGUAACCUCAGAUGUGUGGUUUUGCUUUACUUGCCCUGCUCUUGGUGGACACCCAAAACCUCCGGUUCAGUCAUUGACGCCACAACCAAACUCGUUUGCAUCGGACUACUCUACAGUAUAUCGUUUAUUCAUGUCUGGCUUGUUUGCAGAAGCACAACAUAGCUUUAAAAACCUUGUUCAACGUCGCACAGCAAAGAUCUAUCCUCAGAUGGUUUGCCUUGCAAAAAAAAAAAAACAACCUCAUGAAAGAACAACAACAA